UCUCUUCGUAGUUCGAUCAGGUUCGAAUUUCCACUGCAUUUUCCAGCUUUGGUGGCGUCCAUGGUGUCUUGUCUUCUGGUAAUGGCUGUCACUAAUGUCCCAUUUACAGGAAUUCCGAACCUUAGAUAUCGAUAUGUGAAUUCAUGAAAUUCAGUAUCUGACAAUAGCGAUUGCCCCGGGGAUCGUGUGAUCGUUUGUGUGAGCUUCGAAACCUCUUUCAAGCAAUUCAGGUUCAUGAGCUUAGCCCAUGCAUUGUGCCUGCGGCGGAAUUUAAAUACUUGGUCCAAAAAUAUUAGCCAUGCCGUAUUUUCAGAUGAUCAAAAACUCCUUCUUCUACUCAAAUCUUGCAAUGGAACUUCUGAGAUCUCUCAAAUCCACUGCUACAUGGUCAAGACUGCUCUUGACCUCGUCCCUUUCACAUCGAGCAAACUUCUUGCAUCCGCCAUACUAGACAUCAAGUAUGCAGCUUCCAUUUUCAGGGAUAUACGAAACCCGAAUCUCUUUAUGUUCAAUACUCUGCUCAGAGGCUAUUCUAAUAGCGAUGAUUCGAGACAAGCUUUUGUUAUUUUCAAUGACCUUAGAAAUCAGAACUUUUUGCCUGAUGAGUUUUCUUUCAUAACAAUUCUGAAAGCUUGUGCUCGAGAAUUGGCGAUUAAUACUGGACAGGGAAUUCAUGGGAUUGUUCAUAGGACUGGGCAUGGUUUAUUCAAUCAUGUUAACAAUGUGCUUCUGCACUUUUACUGUUCGUGUGGCCAAAUUGCAGAUGCCCGCAAACUGUUUGAUGAUGUUUCUCAAAGAAAUGAUUUGGUUUCGUGGAACACUUUGAUGAGUGGUUAUCUUCAUGCGUCUCAGCCCACUGUUGUUUUAGAUUUUUUUAGACAAAUGUGUGGGAGAGGUUUGAUCAGCGUGAAUACAGUAUUGACUGUUUCAUCUGCCGUGGGUGAUGCUGGCAAUUCCUUGGAUGGAAGGUCUCUUCAUGGACAUUGUAUCAAGGUGGGCUUGUGUUCUGGUCUCAGUGUGGUUACUUGUUUAAUUGAUAUGUAUGCAAAAUUUGGAGAUUUAGUAUCAGGACAAACUAUUUUUGAUGAAGUUGCUGAGAAAGAUGUAAUUCUGUGGAAUUGUUUGAUAGAUAACUAUGCUAGAAAUGGCAUGUUAGAAAAAGCAGUAUUUUCACUACAUCUCAUGAAACUUGAAGGAAUAAGACCGAAUUCAUCCACAUUGGCAGGAUUACUCUCAGCUUGUGCUACCUUUGGUGUUGUCAGUACGGGUAAAUACCUUGGAAAUUAUGUGGAGGAGGAAGGAUUGGCUGUGGAUGCUGUUCUUGGAACAGCACUGGUUGAUAUGUAUGCUAAAUGUGGGUUUCUAGACAAGGCGAUUGACAUUUUCGAUAAGAUAGAGGAUAAAGAUGUGAAGUCUUGGACGGCCAUGAUAACUGGUUAUGGGGCUCAUGGUCAGACAAGGAAGGCUAUUCGAACUUUGUAUGAGAUGGAAGAUGAGGGUUUUCAGCCCAAUGAAAUAACUUUCUUGGCAGUCCUGAACGCAUGUAGUCAUGGAGGUGUAGUGGUAGAGGGGAUGAGAUGUUUCAAGAGAAUGGUGUAUGAAUAUGGCAUGACACCAAAGAUUGAGCACUAUGGAUGUAUUAUCGAUCUUCUUGGUCGUGCGGGGUUGCUGGAGGAAGCUCAUAACCUAAUCAAGAACCUGCCUUCCAAGGGAGACAUUACUGGAUGGCGUGCGCUUCUGGCAGCUUGUAGGGUUUAUGGAGAUGUUGAGCUGGGUGAGUCUGUGAAGAGAAUGCUGGUUGAUCUAAAUGAUGAACAUCCCACCGAUUCAGUGCUUCUUUCUAGUACAUAUGCCAUUGCUGGGAGGCUGUCUGAUUAUACAAGAACUCAACAAAUCAAGGAAGAAAACAGAAUGAAAGAAGAAACUAGAUCAUCUCAUAUGCAGAAUGAGACAGCAAAAAAGGAAGCUGGUCGUAGUAUAAUUGAGAUGGAAAAUUUGUGUCAAAACCAUUUAGUGUGGAAUGUAGGAAAUAACUGACCUGUGCAUAAUUUUAGUAUGAUGUAAAUGACCCAAUCUUUGUCUGCUAGAAAUUGUCAUGAUUCCAAGACA